UCUUGCUUCUUUCACUUGUGAAACGAACCUCUUAGAUCUUUCUUUCAGCUCAGUUUCACAACAAUGGCGAGCAAUUCAUCAGUUUAUCAUCACACGUCCUUCGUUCUCUUCGUCGCACUCAUCCUCUGUCUCUCUUCUCCUUCCGUCGCAGCAGUCCCAUCGGAAGAGCUGGAGAUAGCCAUCUCACUCCUCCGUGUCAGAGGCCGCGCUCUAUUCGCGAACGCCAUCACCACCUCCGACAUCCUCUUCGAUCUCCUCUCCGCGGAGUCUCUCACCCUCCUCGUCCCCACCGACGCCAUGCUUUUUGACCUCGACAUGAGGUACUCUCUCCCCAUGUACAUCUCCACCCUCCGCCUCCACGCCUUACCUCUCCGCCUCACGAUCUCCGAGCUCCGAUCGCUCCCUAACGCCUCAUCUGUCCCGACCUUCCUCCCCUCGCACUCUCUCCUUCUCACUAAGCCUUCCUCCUCUGAUUCCGUUUAUCUCGACGGCGUCGAAGUUUACCUCCCCCGUCUUUUCUAUGAUCGGCAUAUCGCUGUCCACGGCCUCGCUAAUAUUCUCCCGCUCAGCAGAUCGCGUUGGACUGACAUCGAGAACCGCGCCUUUGCUUUGCCUCCUAUCGUUGAUUCGCCGGCAUAUUCGCCAUCGCCAAGGAGCACGUGGUGGAUUUCACCGUCGCCAGAGGAUUACAUUGAGUUUUUCGGCAGUACACCAGCAGAGCCGCCGCGGAUUGGGGAGGUUCCAGUUUCACAACCGCCGUUGGAAGAAGAUCUGAUCGUUGGUGACGGGGAUUCUUGGAUUAACGGAUUCUGA